AUGCAAUUAUCCAAAGCUACUCUUUUGGCUGUUUGCCUAGCGGCACCCACUUCGGCGUUUGCCCCAUCCGCUUCCAAUGGAUUGCUUCGAGAUGCACCCACUGCGCUGCCAUCAUCCCCCAUGAUGUCCUCCUCUAGGAGCAGCCGCCACCAGAGCAUGGUCGCACCAUCCCUCAUGGCUGCUGCCGUUGACGACGCUGCCGAAGAAAGCAUUCCUGAGGGAACCGCCACUGUCACGGAGCUCAUUUUUAACCUGGUGAAGGGCAUCGUCGGAGCCGGUGUCUUGAGUUUACCUGCUGGUAUUGCCGCUUGGGCUAAUGCUCCUUCGGCUGUGGUUCCUGCCGUGGCACUUAUUGCUGGCAUUGGAGGUCUCUCGGGUUAUGGAUUUGCAUUGAUUGGUCGUUGCUGUGCCUACACCAACUCCAAGUCUUACCGAGAAGCCUGGGGAAAGACAGUCAACGAAUCCACCAGUUGGCUUCCUGCUGUUGCGGUUACCUUCAAGACGCUUUCGGCCAUUUUGGCGUACAGUAUGAUCUUGGGUGACACCUUUGUCAGUCUUUUGACCACUGCUGGAUUCAGUGUUGCCAAGACUCCCGUCCUGCUAGCACUAACCUCAACUGUCUUGCUUCCACUUUGUUUGCUGAAAAACUUAUCCGCUUUGGCCCCCUUUUCCUUGGUCGGUAGUCUUGGUAUGAUGUACACCGCUGUCGCCAUGGUAAUGCGUUAUGCAACCAAGGCUUACACCAAGACUGGACGUUUUGGAACUGACUGUGCCGCAGCACUUCGUCCCGCUUUUGGAAGUGUUGGAGCCGAAGGAAUCAUGACUCCUUCAGCUGCAAUUUUGGUUGGCAUGUUGAGUACUGCUUACAUGGCCCAUUUCAAUGCCCCAAAGUUCUACAAUGAGCUCAAGGACAAGACCCUUCCAAAGUACUACAAGGUUGUCGGAACUUCUUUCGGAAUCUCCAUUAGCAUCUUUGCCCUUAUCGCUGCUAUCGGUUUCUUGACUUUUGGAUCUGCCGCCAGUGGAUUGAUCCUCAAUAACUACUCAACUAAGGACAGUCUCAUGAGUUUGUCCCGCAUUGCCGUGGCCAUUUCUUUGGUCUUUUCUUACCCACUUGCCUUUGUCGGAGCUCGUGACGGUGUUUCGGACCUUCUCAAGCUCAAAAGUACUCCCAAGACACAAAAUGUUGUUACUUUGGCUAUCUUGUCCGCUGUUACCUUUGCUGCCUUGAACAUUGCCGAUGUCAGCUUUGUGUUGGCACUCGCUGGUGCCACUCUUGGUAAUGCUUUGAUUUACAUUUUCCCAGCAUUCAUGUUCAGAGGAGCCAUCAGAGACAAGCCUGAUGCCACUCCAGGGCAAAAGAGAGAAGUCAAGUUUGCCAUGGGAUCCGCUGUACUUGGAUUGUUGAUGGGUACGCUCGGUGUCAAGAUGACAUUGUCAUCCUUGUAA